ACGUAUGAGGCACUUCUUCGAAAAAGCUUUGAAAGAUUAUUUCUUUAUGAGACCGAAGAUAUAAAGCUACUUGUCAAACUUCACGAACUCGUAUUGUACAGGAAUUGGAGUGGCAGCCACGACGGAUGCCUCCUAAUGGGCGUUUUCAAUCUCGAACCCUGCCAAGGAGCCCCAGCAAUCGCUUCGCUGCCACAUUUCUACCUCGCUUCAGAGGAGCUAUUGCAGUACUUCCACGCUGACAGCGACAUCAAACCCGAUAAGGAAAAACACAACACCUAUGUUUAUUUGGACCCAGUCACAGGUGUCGUUUUGAAAGGAGCUAAACGCAUGCAGUUCAACAUAGAACUCCGCCAGAUGCCGGGGGCCCCGCAAGUAGCCAACGUACCUACUGGUCUUUUUCCUCUACUGUGGAUCGAAGAGGGAGCAGAAAUACCACCAUCCAUAAUAGAAAACUUACAGACUUCCCACACUCUUCUAAGCUACAUACGAGUCGUGCCGUGGGCGCUUUUGAUGACAGCAGUGUUAAUAACUGCGAUCAGCACGAUCGCUCUAGUGCGCUCUGGAGGAUUGCCCAUGUGGCCAAAUAAUAAUUCUGUUAGAUUUAUAUUUAGACCCAAAGUUAAUGCUCAAGCUAAUAAAGUGUAACAGUGGUGCAUUAAA